UGCCUUACUAAACAGCCAGACACGGCUAGAAAAUCAAAACCAAAAAAUCGUAUCUUUUUCUCCCUUCCAAAACUUUCCUCUCUGCAAGUCUGCAACACCUUUGUUAAAAAUGGCGGCUUCUUCUAGAAGAUCCGGCGGCCAGAUUCUCCGUUCUAACUCUCCGUCUGGACGGUUUACGCCUUCGAUUUCAAGCUUCUCUUCACGGUCCUCGACUUUCUUCAAUCAACAUAGAUCUAUUUAUCCACCACGUGUCAAUCUCUGCAAUAAAUCUUCUUCAUCUCCGUACGUUCGAUUCCCACUCGAUAACCGUCCUACCUCUCCGAACCGUUCGAUAGCCACCGUUCGUAGAAACUCUGAUGCGUUAAGGAAUUUACAGAGCAAUCAGCUGAAGCAGACUUGCAUGUGUUCGCCUACAACGCAUCCGGGAUCGUUCCGUUGCAGUCUUCACAAGAACGUCAAUAACUCGCACUCCGUAUCAGGAUGCGCGCCGAGCAAUCGGCUUAACGCGCGUAGAUCUGCGAUGACGAACUCGUUGGUGAGAAUCGGUGGCGUCGAAGGAGAUAUUGUUAGGAGAGCUUUGUCGGCUUUGAUUAGACCUUCCUCUCACCAGCAACGUCGUCGUUCUGCUUUCCAUCCUAGGCCUAGCCGGCUGUCCGUGAUGGCAAAAGCCUAGGAAUUAUGAAGAUUUCGUAAGCGGUAUCUGCUCUCUCUUAAAGUUUAUAGGUCGAGUUUCCUAGAUUUUCCGGCGAUUUGAGAUCGAGGUUCGGCUCGACGCCGCGGUUGAUGGCGAAUCAGAUUCCGGCGAAGAGGUUGGAGAUCUGGACGGAGGAUUCAAGUAUACUCCGGGUGACCGAAACCGUAGAAUCCGAGAAACAAAAUUAUCAUAUAGUUUGUUGGUGUAAAUACAGUCAUAUUGCAGCCAAUGGCAAAUUUGAAGAGCUUUUGGACUAAAAACUAUAUAUAAAAUCUCUUGAAAUCACUAAUCAAAUCUAAAAAUCCAUUCCA